CAGAUUUGUGCGGGAAAUAUCAUUAAAAUAUGGUUGAACAGCCUCUCAUAGUCAGAUAUAUUGAAACAGAAUUAAAAGACCCCCUUGGUCUUGAAUACAACCGUUGUAAUGUACGCGCAAAGACGAUUUGUCCGCGGAAAGCUAAAAUGGGAAUGACAGACAGUGGAGACGGGGCAUGUUGAAAUGAUAAGAUUCAGGAAUGAGUGACACUAACAGGAUGGAAAAAAUACUCUAAAAACGAACAAUGCAGAAGACUUCUGAGAUGCACGACGAGAGCACCGACUACGCGUCUGGAAGUCUGCCGUUAAGUGAUUACAACACGAGCUUCACGGCGAACAGGACUAAUAUCUCGUGGAGUGACUUUCAGGAUCUCGCAGAUUUGGAUAAACCCGAUUUUAUGGGAGACGGAUCCGCGGUCCUGAGGAUCAUCAUCUCUGUCAUAUACUCGGUUGUGUGCGCGCUGGGUUUAAUCGGGAACAUCCUCGUCCUGUAUCUCAUGAAGUCCAAACAAGCAUGGAAGAAGUCUUCUAUCAACUUUUUCGUGACCAGUUUGGCGGUCACAGACUUUCAGUUUGUGUUGACGCUUCCCUUUUGGGCUGUGGAGAACGCCAUGGAUUUCACUUGGCUGUUUGGGAAGGCGAUGUGUAAGAUAGUUUCUUAUGUCACGGCUACGAACAUGUACGCCAGCGUGUUUUUCCUCACGGCUAUGAGCGUCGCGAGAUACUGCUCCGUGGCUUCGGCGUUAAAAAGUAGGAGACGCCGGUUGCGUUUUCCCGCGCAGUGGAUGACUGUAGUCAUUUGGAUUGCAGCGGUCGGUGCCGCUCUGCCGAACGCGAUAUUUUCAACGACCGCCACGGUUUCCAACGAAGAACUGUGCCUGGUGAAAUUUCCCGACCGGAGUGGGGAUGCGCAAUUUUGGCUGGGUUUAUAUCACGCGCAAAAAGUACUUCUGGGGUUCCUCAUUCCGUUCGGAAUAAUCACGGUCUGUUACCUGCUUCUCCUGCGCUUCAUAACGAACAAAAACGUGAACACCACCAGCGCUAAGAGGCGAUCUAAAGUGACUAAAUCUGUGACUAUCGUCGUUCUGUCUUUUUUCCUGUGCUGGCUGCCGAACCAGGCGUUAACAGCGUGGGGAAUCUUAAUAAAACUCAAUGUAGUGCACUUCAGUUACGAGUAUUACACCACGCAAGUGUACAUUUUUCCAGUCACAGUGUGUUUGGCACAUUCAAACAGUUGUCUCAAUCCCAUUCUGUAUUGUUUGAUGAGAAGGGAAUUCAGAAAAGCGUUGAAGAAGCUGUUUUGGCAAAUCACUUCGCCCUCUGUGACGAACAUGAGACCGUUUACCGCCUCCACGAAGCCCGAGCAAGAUGAACACGGUCCCGCGCUCGUUCCGAUCAGUCCCGCUGAGCCCGCGCUUAUUUUUUAUCCUCCAGGGGCUGUCAUGUAUAAUGGCAGAAACGACCUUCUGCCUAACAGCACAUAAGGAGUUGUUGAUGAUAAUGAGACAUUUUUCAGACUCACACAAACUGGCUAAUAAUUCAUUAUUAUAAUUUUUUCUCAGCCAACAGAAAAAAAAAAAAAAAAAAAAACAA